AUGGUCGUGUGGUCUGUGUAUCAGACUUUCCUAUCUCCCCUUUCGAGUGUGCCAGGCCCUUUCUGGGCGAAGUUCUCGAGGAUAUGGAUUACAUACCACGCUUAUAUUGGGGAUAUGCAUCGCGUCAUGAUGGCCCUCCACAAUGAGCAUGGCGAAUUGGUCAGAGUCGCGCCGAAUGAACUGAGCACAUCAUCCCUCUCAGCAAUCAAAACAAUCUAUGGUCCGGGCUCUAAAUUCCGCAAAUCAGACUGGUACUCCGUCUGGCAAGGCCACCGCAAAUUCGACCUCUUCGCCGAACGCUCCGAAUCCGUCCACUCUACGCAACGUCGCUUCGUCGCACGCGCCUACGCCAUGGAAUCCCUCAAAGACUUCGGCCCCUACGUCGACGACGCAAUCCGUGUCCUUCUCGCCCAACUGACCGCCCUGAACAAGCACCGCAAUUCAAUCGACCUGGGCCUCUGGAUCCAACUCUUCGCCUUCGACAUCAUUGGCGAGAUCACAUUCUCCAAACGCUUCGGCUUCCUGGACGUCGGCGCCGACGAUCAUGAUGGCAGUAGCUUCGCCCAGAUCACAGCCGCCAUGCGCAGCGCAAGCUGGAUCGGCCAGUACCCGGCCCUGUUCUGGCUGCACGAGUACCUCGUCCAACCCGUGCUAGGCAACAAACUCGCUAUCAACAUGCGCCACGGCAGCAUCCGCACAUUCGCCCAGCGCGAGAUCAUCGCGCGCGCCGACCGCGGCAGUGAUCAUGCCGACAUGCUAGACAAGCUCAACAAAGUCCACGUCGCGAAACCAAGACAGUUCAGCAGCGCAGAUGUGGCAAGCAUGGUAACGAGCAACAUCUUCGCGGGCAGCGACACGACGGCGAUCAGUGUGCGCAGCAUCGUGUUCCAUCUGCUCACGUACCCGGCGUGCAAGGCGCGGCUGAUGGCGGAGAUCGACGAGCGCAAGGGCGCGGGCGAGCUGAGCGAUCCGGUGACGUUUGAGGAGGCAAGCGGGAUGCCGUAUUUGCAGGCUGUCAUAUACGAGGCUCUGCGGCUUCAUCCUGCGAUUGGGAUGAAUAUGCCGCGGGUCGUUCCGCCUGGGGACGGGUUGACGAUUGGACAGGUCUGUGUACCGCCUGGAGCGGUUGUUGGGGCGAAUGCGUGGGUGACGGGGAGGGAUAAGACUGUGUAUGGCGAGGAUGCAGAUGAAUUUCGACCGGAACGAUGGAUGGGUGAGGAUACAGGGGAUUUACAUCGGUACUUUUUCGCGUUUGGGGGUGGGGCCCGGAUGUGUAUUGGGCGGAAUGUAUCGUGGUUGGAGAUGUCGAAGCUGAUUCCGACGCUGUUUCAGCACUUUGAUAUGGAGCUGGUCGAGCCUGAUAAGCCGUUGACGGAGGUCUGUUGGUGGGUGGUGCCUCUCUGUAAUUGUAGUGGAGUGUGA